AUGGCUCCAAAGAAGGCUGGAGUGAGCAAAAGGGUUUUUAACAAAGGUUCAUGGACAGCUGAGGAAGAUAGAAGAUUGGCUAAAUAUAUUGAGAUUCAUGGUGCAAAGAGAUGGAAAACAAUCGCCAUUAAAUCAGGUUUGAAUCGAUGCGGCAAGAGUUGCAGGUUGAGAUGGUUGAACUACUUGAGACCUAACAUUAAGAGAGGCAACAUAUCAGAUGAAGAAGAGGACUUAAUUAUUAGGCUUCAUAAACUGCUGGGAAACAGGUGGUCUUUGAUUGCUGGGAGACUUCCAGGGCGAACAGACAAUGAAAUUAAGAACUACUGGAAUUCCCAUUUGAGCAAGAAAAUGAUAAACCAUGAUGUCAGAACAGAACAAACUUCCUCCUUGGAACAAAUUGUGCCUUACAAAGCAUGGGAAACUGUCCAGAUGGAAGAAGAAGAGGUAGUAAAAGGAAGUGAUGAAAUUGAAAACUCUGAAUUCAGCAUUGAUGUGGACGAAUUCUUUGACUUCUCAACGGAAGGUUGCUUUGGUUUGGAUUGGGUGAAUAAGUUCCUUGAACUUGAUGAUCAACAGGAUCCAUUAGCAAUGGUAUAA